AUGUCUGAUCACGAAGAUAAUCUAGAUACUAAUAAACAAAAAGAAGAAGAUGAUAUUCAGCUUGAAGAUGAAUCUUCAACAGUCGAUCAUGAAAAUCAAGAAGAACAGGGCAUUAGUAGACUAGACAAUGAAGAAACUAUUAACUUAACAAAUAAACAAGAAGAUAUCUCUAUCAUAGAAUCCUCAUCUUCUAAUGAACAAGAACGAGUACCUAACAGUAUUCUAACAACAACACAACAACAAGAUCAAUCUGAUGAUAACAAUCAAACUAAUCUUACCCAACCAUUCAAUGAACAAUCUAAGAAGACAAUGGAUCCUGAAUUCUUUUAUAACUAUAAUGAUUGUAUUGUACAUCCAUUAAUAUCUGAGAAUUCUGGUAUACCAGAAAAUCUUUUAAAAGUUACAUAUCUAUUCGGUAUGGAUGUAGUACGUAGAGAGAAUUUACAAUUACUUGAAUAUAAUGUUAUAUGUUGUAUCUAUGGUAACUAUUUACUUAUCAUGAAUAUUGAUACUCAUCAAAAGAUAAUGAUACGUUCAAUGUAUGGGAUUGGUAUUGGUACAUAUUGUAUACAAACAAAAGAUAAAUAUAUUGCAUUAGCUGAAAAAGGUGAUUUACCUAAUGUAUGUAUAUAUCAAUAUCCUAAUAUCAAAUUAUAUCGUAUAUUAAGAAAUGGUACACAAACUGCUUAUACUGCUUGUCAAUUUAGCCCAGAUGGUGAAUUAUUAGCUACUGUUGGUUCAAAUCCUGAUUAUACAUUAACUAUAUGGGAUUGGAAAAAUGAACAAAUUAUAUUAAAAUCUAAAGCAUAUUCACAAGAUAUAUAUCAAAUUCAAUGGUCAAAUGAUUUAAUUGGUCUACUUACUACAGUUGGUAUUGGACAUAUUAAAUUUUGGCAAAUAGCUAAUACAUUUACUGGUUUAAAGCUACAAGGGAAAUUAGGCAAAUUUGGUAAAACUGAAUUGACAGAUAUAGAAGGUUUUAUUAUAUUACCUGAUGGUAAAGUAUUAACUGGUUCAAUAUGGGGUAAUUUAUUAAUAUGGGAUGAUGAUUUAAUUAAAGUACAAAUAACACGUAAAAAUAAACAAACAUGUCAUUAUGGUAAUAUAAUGCAAAUUAUUAUAGAUGAAGGUGAAUUAAUAACUAUUGGACAAGAUGGUUGGAUUAGAACAUGGGAUUUUGAAACUAUAGAUACAGCAGAAUCUUCAGAAGAAGGUGGAAUAUAUGAAUUAGAACCAAUGAAUGAAUUACGUGUUGGAUUAAAAGCUAAUUUAAUGCAUAUUGUAAAAAUUCCAUUACCUGAUUCUACAAUGUGGUAUGCACAAGAUGCUGAUGGAGCUAUAUGGAAAUUGGAUUUAUCCUUUUCACACACAUCAUUAGCACCAGAAUGUUUAGAAGAGUUCCAUGCAAAUGAUAUUGCUGAUUGUGUAACAUCACCAUCUACUUACUGUGCAGCUACAGUUGGUCUUGAUGGAAAAGUAUUCAUUUAUGAUAUUGUUCAACAAAAAGUUCUUGUUUCAAGAAGAUUUCCAUCAGGUGGUUCAUCAAUAAUUUGGAGUCCACCACAAGUUGAUCCAAAAGGUAAAAUUUUAAUUGUUGGCCAUCAAGAUGGUGUUUUACGUGUCAUAAAAUUUGGUGAAAAUCCUGAAGAAUUAACAAAACGUACAAAACAAUUUGCUUUAUUAGAUCUUGGACAAGCAAUUAAACCGCAUACAUCAGCAAUUACAUCAAUGAUUUAUAGUCCAUCAGGAAAAUUAUUUAUAACUGGGAGUAAAGAUGAAACGGUUUUCUUUUUCAAUGUACAUAAUACCCAUUUAUCACCUAUUGGUUUUAUUAAUGUUUAUGGAAAAGUUAUACGAUUAGAAUGGUUUUAUAUAAAUCAUAAAGAAACCAAUGAAAUUAUUGUUUAUUUAGAAAAUGGUUGUGUAUUAACGGUAGAAUGUCCAACAGAAAAUGAAAAAUUUGAUCAUUCUAAAACCUUUUCAUUAUCUAAUAUUAAAAUUACUAAAUCAUAUCAAUUACAGAGUAUUAAAUCACGUUUAGAUCAUGAUGAAGAUGCUGCCAAUAAAUUAGCUGAAUAUAAAAAAGCUAAAGAGAAUAGAGAAGAGAUUCGUCGAAUCAAUACAAGAUUACAACCGGAAACAGAUGAAGAUAAACAGAAAUUUGAUAAGGCUGAGGAGGCUAUUUAUCAAGGUGUACUAUCUGAAAUUGCUGACUGGACACCUACCUAUCCGUCAAAUCCAUCACCAUUACUAUAUGGAUGUUUGGAUAGAAAUGAACCAAAUCAAUUUUGGGUGUCUUUAGGUGAUUUCGAUAAAGGAUAUUUAUAUAAAUGUGAAUUAGGUGGUCCAUUAUUAACCAUAGACGAUGCAAUUGAAAGAAUUCAUAAAACAAAAGAACAAUCAGAUAAACACUAUGAAUUACAUCAUAUAGUUACCGAUGUAACCGAUUCAGAUCAAUCACAAGAUAGUACAAUAACAAGUGGUGAAAAAGGAGAAAGCUUAGAAAAGAUUGAUCCAUAUAGUAUUACCCUAACAGAUCGUAUUCUUCCAACAGAACCAAAUCAAGCAAUUUGUAUAACGGAUAAGAAGGAUGCAUCUAUUACAUAUUGGACAUUUAGUAAUUCUGGUUAUCGUUUAUUAAUUGGUUUUAAUGAUGGUGUAAUAUGUGUACAACUAUUAGAGAAACCAUUUGAUUUAACAAAAUUUAAAGGAUAUUGGAUGUAUCGUUUACAUGAUAAUCAACGUGGAUGUGUUAAUCGAAUAGCGCUUACAUAUGAUGAAAAAUUUCUUUUAAGCGCUGGAAGUGAUGGAACAUUGUUUGUCUGUGAACUUAUGACAGAAGAAAUGCAAGAUAAAGAAAUUAAAGAAUAUCGUGCACGAAUUCCGUCUACAUUUGAUACGAGUGUAAAAGUAGAUGAUAUUAUUGAUCCAAAAGCUUAUAGUAUUGAAGAAACAAAACAAAAAUCAGAACAUGAUCGUCUUGUAGAAUUAGCAGAACGAAAGAAAACAGAAACUAGAAAAAAAGUAGCAGAAUUGAAAGAUCGUUUAAAAAAAUUAAAAGAACAAAACAAUCGUCUACCAGAAAGAAUUCGUCUACCAACAGAGGCAUUCAAUUUAGUUCCACAAAUUCGAUAUGAUCUAUUUAAAGAUCGUCAAGCUGAAAUUGAUUUAGUCUAUAAAGAAACAGCUUGGGAAACUGAAAAAUAUAAAUUGGCACUUGAAAAAUUAGAAAAGACAUUUAUAAAACCUUUAGAUUGUGAUCGUAUAACUGUCAAAGCAUUUUGUAGUGCUCAUUGUGUAACUUCAAUACGUAUGAACAAAUUAAGUGAAGAACAUAUGAAAGUAUAUGAUGAAAUAAUGAGUAUUCGAGAGAAGUCAAUGAGCGAAGAAAAAGGAGAAACAGCAAAGCAUUCUACACAAUUAGAUGUAACUAAUACAUUGGAAUAUGAAUCUGAUAAAAUUAAAAAUGUUACUAAUCAAGUUAAUGUGUCAAUAAAAGGAGCACGUGGCUUAAGAAUUGCACAAAAGUUAAAUUUACUUGAAGAAUCUAAACGAAAACGAGAUGUUCGUCGAGCUCAAUGGAAACAAUUAGAAGCUAUGAGACCAGCUGACGAUUAUGAAGAUCCAAGAGAUAUUCAAGAAAUUCAAUUGGCUAAAGAAAAAAUAGGUGAUUACAAAUUGAAAUCAGCAACUAAUUAUGUAAUACCUGAAAGUAUGAAAUUGAAUACUUCAGAAGUUAAACAUAAACUUCUUAAUCUUGUGGAUCAUGUGUUUAAAUUAAGUCAUGAAUUCAAUGUUUCAUUAUUAGAAUUACGUAAUAAAAAAAUGAAAAUAAUAGAAAAUUUAAAAAAAAUUGAUAAACAAUUAGAUCAUAUUAAUGGUAAUUUACCAUUAAAUGAAUAUGGUAUACGUUUAUAUAUUGAAGAACUUGAUGAUGAUGAAUAUCCUGAAAGAAAAUUCAUAUACAACAAUGAGAUUCUAAUGAAUUUUAAGGAUAAAUUAGAAAGUAAUAAGCAAAUGGAACAAACUGAUUUUACCACAUCAACAACAAUGAAGAAAUCAUCCAAUAGAAUACUUUCAUUUACUGAAUGUAUUUUACCUGAAGAACGAUAUGAUUGGAAAGAACCAAAAAUUAUGAAAGAAUUCUGCAAUACCAAUAACAGUAGUUCUAAUGAUGUAACCAAUACUAUAGAUGUUAUAUGGUUUCCAUUACAUUGUUUAGCUUCAGAUCAUUAUUAUAUAACUAUAUUAAAGAAUACAGAUCAAAAGUAUUCUUUAUUAAAAUCAUCAUUAUGUUCUAUGAUUGAUGAAAUGUCAAUAAGCAAUAAUGGAACAGUGGAAGAAGAUCAUCAGGGGAAUAGACAACAAGAUACUGAUGGUAGAAUAAAGAUACCCAUAGUUCAUCCAAUAAGACCUGAUAAAAUCAAUUCGUAUAUCAUGGAUAAGAAUAAUAAAAUUGAAGAUAUAAAUUUAAAUGAAGAUAAUUCAAUCAAUCAAAGUACUACAAUAUCAUCACCAUCAUCUUUAACAUCAUUAGAAAUAGAAUACAACCGACAAAAGCACAUCAAAGCUAUUUAUUAUCGUAACCAUCUAUUACAAUUAGCUAGUCGAUUUAUUCGUUGUUUUGAUAUUGAAGUUCGUCUACUACGUCAAAAACGUUCUCAACUAGGUGUAUUACUGAAACGAUCUGAAUUAUAUCAAUAUACAUUAUAUAAUGAAUAUUGUUUAUUAAAAGAAUUUGAAAAAUCUGAAUAUGUUUUAAUGGAAAAAAUGAAAAAUAGAUUAGAAGAAAAACAAUAUAUUACUAAUAAGGUUAAUGAAUUAACAUUGAAACUUGAACAAAAGAAGAAAGAUUUGGAACAUCUUUCACAACGUGAACAUCAAAUACAUGAAGAAUUUAAAACAAGUUUAGAUGAUUCACAUAAAUUUAUAGAAUUUCUAACAAAAGUAUUUAAAAAACGUAUUAAACGAAAGAAACAAGAAUUACUUCGUUCAGGUAAUGAAGAUGAAUCAGAAGAAUCCACAUCAUCAUCAUCUUCAUCAGAUGAUUCCAGUUACGAAGAGAUGGAUGAUGAAAGCGAGAAUGAAGAUGUUAUUAUUAUGGAUUUAGAUACAUGUCCACCAGGUUGUCCAAUGGAAGAUUUUGAACGUACUUGUUUAAUUAGAGAGAAACGUCUAGAUGUGGAAGAAGAAAUGACUGAAGAAAAGAAAACAUUAGAUAUUUUACGUAAAGAUUUAGAAAUCUUUACUAAAAAACAACGUAUUGUUGAAACAACAUUGAAACAAGCUCAAAAUGAAUUAGAAGCUUUUCAGUUAGAAAAACAACGUAAAUUAAAUGAAUUAGAAAUUAUUGUGAUAAUACGUUUAAAUCAAAUAAACCAUUUUGUUAAUGAUUCUGUACCAUCAGAUAUGACAAAUAGUUUAAUAUUUUUAAAGAAUAAUUUGCAUAAAUUACAAAAACGUAUCCAUGAAUUAGAAAUAGAACAAAAACAACAAAGAAUUGAAAGAAAACAAGCUAAACUACAUCAUUUAAUGUUACAAAAAUAUAAAAAGUUAUUUCAGAAAGAAAUAGAAAAAUUAUCCACUUUAUGUGAUAAAGAAAUGAAUGAUAAAUUUGGUAGAAUAGAUGAUAUUGAAAAAAUGGAAAAUAUUAUGGUAAAUCCUAAAUUAGAAGAUUUAACAACAAAGAUGUUAGUACUACAAGAGGAAUUCGCAAAAGAAGAAGCAAAAAUAGAGUCUAAAAUACGUGAUGUACGAGAUUCAUGUAUGGAACAAAUACGUCAAAAUACGGUUUAUUUAAAAAAAUUAUUAACACUUUUUAAUGAAAAUCAACAAUUACAAAAUGAUUUAAAUCAAAUAAAUAGUACAAAAAUUGGAACCAUUCAAAGUUCCCCAGGAAUUGUUGAUCAUAAACAAUUAAAACAACUUGGUCAAUUAGUUAAAUUACAAAGUGAAGAGAUUAAUAGUUUAACACAAGAAAUUCAACAACUUUCACGAUAA